AUGUUAAUUAUAGUGCUUGGAUGUGGAUGUCAGCAACUGAAGAAGCCUAUGUACUUCUUUCUUUUAAAUCUGUCCAUGGUUGAUAUUUGUUUUAGUUCAAUUACAAUGCCUUGGGCCAUCUACUUACUCCUUGCAAAGGACAAGACAAUAUCUUUACCAGCUUGUGUAAUACAAAUGUAUAGUUUCUUGGCCUUCACAAGCUCUGAGUUCCUUCUACUGUCAGCAAUGGCCUAUGACCGCUAUGUAGCUAUAUGUGACCCAUUACAUUACAAUGUGACUGUUAACAAGAAAUUAUGUGCUAUUUUUGCCUUAUGUUGUUGGUUACUUGGCUUUGUUGAUACCCUUCCCCAUGCACAUUUUGCACUCUAUGCAUGUUAUUGUAAAGCUAACAAGAUUAAUCACUUCUUCUGUGAUCUUACUGCUUUGAUGAAGCUUUCUUGUUCUGAGACAUACACUAUAGAAAUGAUUACAUAUGUGGAAGGGGCCUUUUUAGGAUUUGGUCCAUUCUUGCUUACAUUGACUUCCUACAUCUUCAUUAUCAAAGUCAUUUUUAAAAUCAGUUCUACAGAAGGAAGGUCAAAAACCUUUUCAACCUGCUCUUCCCACCUCAUUGUGGUGGCAAUAUUUUACAGCACUACCUUGAGCAUGUAUGUGCGACCCACAUAUUCAUUUUCAUUAGAAAACAAUAAGGUGGUGACUCUGGUUUAUGUAAUUGUUAUUCCCUUCAUUAAUCCUCUUAUUUAUAGUUUGAGGAAUAGCGAACUAAAACAAGCAAUAAUAAUGAAGUUUAAAUUAAAUUUGUUUAGAAGAAAAAAGAUGUCUUAG